CAUAAAAUUAUAAAAACCGAUUGUUUGGCAUUGUGGAGGGAGGGAUUGCGAGAUUUGAGAUGCUCGGCUCGAUUGUUUUCAGAUCUUCGGGGCUCCAGUUGGUCGCGUCGGAGGCUGCCGGGACCGAUCUCUCGUCCCGUCCGCCUCCGAGGUCUACCAUCGUCUGCGACGCGCAGCCCAAGUUUCGAAACUACGAGUCGAUCCCUAAGCUUAAGCCCUUCAGCGGGAACCGCAUCGAUCGGUGGCUCAAAGAUCCGCCUCUCUUGCAGAAGACGAAGAACGAACUCAGCGAGUAUUGCACAACACUUGAAGGCGAUGAAUGCUCUAGUUGUUGGAGUGCCUAUUUCGAGCUGAAAGAUCUUGAGAAAGAAUGGUCAAAAGAAGACUUGGAGAAGUUUUUGUGGCAGUGCGGUGGCAUAAAGACACUGAUCGACUAUUUGCACGGCAUCACGGCGAUGGAGAAGAAGAUGAAAGAAAAAGAAACGCACCAAAAAAAAGUAGCAGAACCAGAGAGUCGACCCAAGAAUAAACCUUUUCAUAUUCCUGAUGGAUUGCCUCCGACGGCAGAAGAGCUGGAAGAGCUCGAAGAAGCAGAGAAAGCCAGAAUGCCCGAUUCUCCAUUUACCAGACUACUUAGGAGCAAAGGAAAGCUUCCAGCUUGGUACACGCCACGUCCAGACCAUGAGACGGAUUGAAUUGCUCAAGUAUCAAUAGCUGAGAUGUGCAGUAGUUGCAGAUUUGACAUGUUUGAGGCAAGAGAGACAUAAAUAAUCUGUGUUGCUUGUGUACAUAUUUUGUGUUGUCUUUGUGAAUCAAAAGGAUUGUUUCAGCUGAAAUAUUAAACUCCUCCGCAAA